AUGUCCGAAAUGGAGGUGCUACGACCUUCACCUGUGGAUUCAGGUGUCGCCUAUGAUAAAAAGGACAUCCGGGCUGCACUUGCCGCACACAAUGCUCAGAAACAGAAAGCUGGUUACAGUCAACAAUCGGCGCCUCUCAAAGACAGUCCGCGGAUAAUGGGAUUCAGAAGACGGGCCGUGAAGGGCCUGUCUCCCAUGUCCAUGAACAGUGAUAGUCCCAGUUUUACGACGGGAUCCUCACGGACUAUGUACGGUUCCAGUAUCACCCCUCUCAAGAGUAUCGUCAGUGAAAGCCCUUAUACAUCCAUAUGUCAACAAAUUCUACCAACAAAAGACUUACCGAUGAUCAGUAAAUCUGCUCCCCUUAUCCAGGAUGUAACACCGAGUUGGAGAGGAUCUUCAACCAACCCAAAGCUCCGGCAUAUGUCUUUCAACACCGGAAGUCGACCAAAAUUACCAGAUGACGGAGAUUUUUCAGUCAACCCAGAACCUGUACCAUUUCAACCUCAAAAUUUCAUGUCUUCCACUUCGAUGAAGAAGGUUCCAAUCCCCAAGCGGCAUCUGGAUUCCUUUGGGGGUUAUGAAUACAGUAUGGGUGCUAAACGCGGGAUAAUACUUCACACAGACAGAUACCAGAAUUUCAACACGAAAUCACACAUCUCGGACCAGUGGGAUUCGCCUAAAGUGUUCGAGGGUUUAAGCCAAAGGGAGAGAUUACGGGCUGAGCUGGAAUAUAUGGAAAGACUACGAUACGUGAAACGUCGACGGGAGGUGCUACCACACCGAGCGCAGAUUGACCUCUUAAUGGGAGGCAAGAAAGUGGAAUUCGUAGAAAGGUUCGACAUUCAAAAAGAAAUCCAAAAAUUGAAAUCACUAAUAAUGCCUCAAAACGCCAGAGAUUUGUACCAUGGAAGGGGAAUCCCUCUGCCAACGGAGCACUCAUCUGUUAAACCUCGGAGACCACCUUUAAUAGAUUAUGAUAGUGACGAGGACAUAACCUCGUCUGCUCGAAGCACGUUUCAACGUUCCAAGUAUUCUCAUGACCCCGAUAUGGGGGGAUCAAAAACAAAAACACGGCGUAGCUAUGAUGGUCAUCUGCCGAGAAUUAACACCAGAUCUUCCAUGUUAGGAUAUGGAUCUUCGGCACCCAUCAUACUGGCCAGAGAAAGGCGCACUGUAGAUCAAAUAAAAGCUAGAAUUAGCAUACCUGCAGGUACACAGCCAGCUUACCUGCGCCGAUCCCGAACCAAUGUGUCCAAGUUUGAUAAUGCUAUGCCAAGAAGUUACACAUCUGUACAAGGUCGUCCGGACAGAGACCUCAAAGUUACCCCAAAAGCAGAAAAUGUUAGGCGAGUUGAUAUACCAUCUGCUGGUGCCGUACCUAGAAUAUCUCAGUCGCGAGGAGGACGACCUGAAACUAAUCCGGAGCCAGGAACUAUGGAGAUUCCAGAAGCGAAAGAAAAUGUUGAACAUGACGACCCUGCCUCUAUGGAGGUAUACGAAGACCUAACUGACCGUCAAAAGAUGAUGUCAAGUAGAACCUCCAAAACUGCCAGUCCUGUUAAACCGCCCGCCACGCCAAAUCCUUUACGGGGAAGUGAAUUGUCAAUGAUGAUCCCAGAAACAGAACGAAGCGAACUACAUGCAACAUUUAAGAAAUUAGACACAGAUUCUGAUGGACAUUUAAAGUAUGCCCAACUACAAACACAGUUACCUAAACAGAUGUCCCAACAACAGGAGCGCUUCCUGAAGGAGGUUUACGACAUCACCAGUUCCAAUACUUUCUUCGGUGUGGAUGAAUUCCUGUUGAUGUCUUCUCUAACAAAACUAGUGACAAAUAUGAGUUCCUCCCUCCAAGUCACAUUUCAGACAUUGGAUUUUAGUACCUUAAAGGACGAUAUAAUAGCUUUCGUGGAAAUAUUCCAAUCAGUGGACAGGUCACAGAAGGGUAAGAUAUCAUUGGAUUCCCUACGUGAAGUGCUGAAUGGUGUAUUAGGACGUGACCUUCACAGCGACACUGCCCUCUGGGAUAAAAUCGUGGAAACUGUUAACCCUAGUGAAGCCAUACAGGUUACCAAGAUUGAGUUCCUCGCAUACAUCCCGUACUUCAUGUCAUUAAAAGCAUCUUGAUGUGACAUCUAUAUUGAUCAUAGAGAAAAAGGAACCACGAUUUAACAUGAAACUCCCGAAGUCG